AUGAAUUUUUACCUCGCUCCGCCGGUCAUUCAAGCGCAAAUCUUUGUCCGCAUACCUGAUGCAUUGCGGUGCACCGGACAGCCGACCGAGUGGAAAGGUGGAUCAGCGCUUCCUUCGUCGGAGAUAUUCCUAGAAGGUCCGACGUAUUUCAAUGGAAAUCUUUAUGUGACAGAUAUUCCAUACGGCCGGGUAUUGAAGAUUGAUUCGCAGAAGCAAGUAUCAGAGUGCGUACGUUAUGAUGGUGAACCCAACGGGACUGCCAUGAGAGCAGACGGGACCAUACUUGUCGCGGACUAUAAGCAGGUAUGUCUGAAUUUUAUCCUCUCACUAGCACGAAUGCUAAGGAAGCAGGGCUUGCUUUUGUUCGAUCCCUCUAAAGGUGAAAUAUCUCCUUUCCUUACUCGUCGAAAUCUCGAACGCUUUAAGGGACCCAACGACUUGAUAGUCUCAUCGAAAAAUGAGGUCUAUUUCACCGAUCAAGGUCAAACUGGAAUAACGGACCAGACAGGUUGUGUGUAUCGGCUUUUUCCCGAUGGAAGACUGGACUGUCUUGUGAGCAACGGUGUGUCACCUAAUGGCAUCGCUCUAUCCCCAGAUGAGCGGUUCCUAUAUGUAGCCAUGACUCGGUCAAAUUCCGUCUGGCGGCUUCCCCUCAAUUCAGAUGGAAGUACGACAAAGGCGGGGCUAUUCUUUCAGUCUUUUGGCUGUGCCGGUCCUGACGGGCUUGCUUUUGAUGAAGAGGGAAAUCUGUUUAUCUGUCACCCUAGUCUUGGCUCUGUGUUCGUCGUUGAUGCGGAUGGGGCUCCCAAGGCGCGAAUUGUUAGUGCCAUCGGUGGUGGAAAGAACUUGACAAACUGCACAUUCGGAGGUGAAGAUGGCAAGACUCUCUUCAUUACUGACAGUAUUCAGGGGAAUAUUCAGACUGUUAGGUGGCAUUGUCGAGGCGCUGUGAGGAUGAAAUAG